AUGCGCGGAAGGAACAAGAGCAUAUCCCCAAAUGUCCCCCCGGGGAGGGAAGUCAUGGGUCUGCAAGGCAACAUGACGGCUGCGUCAAGACCGCGGCAAGACUGCGGCAGCAAACCGGGACAGCCAACCCCGCGGGAUGUCGAGCAGUACAACCCCGGCCCGGCUCUCUGCGUUGGAAACUACCUGCACCCAAAGUUCCAGGGGCGACCUUUACCCCAUUUGACUCCGUGCGGGACGGGGAGAGCGAGAGACGCGGGCCUGGUCCACCUCGUUGCCGCCAAGAAGGCCGUGUGCGGAGCAGGGUGUCUUCAGGCCUUCGAUAGACGAGCCACAGGCCGUUAUCAGACGUUGGGUUUCGGGAUGCGAUCCCGGAGGGUUUCUGCCUGCUUUGGUGUCCGAACAUGGUCCGGGCAUCGUUACGUUGUCUAG